AUGGUGCUCUCGACCCUCUGUUGCCAUCCUCCACUACCAUUUCCGCUUCAAAAUCUGCUGCGACGGCUCCUACCCCCACCAACAAUGCCAAAAAUCUUGACACAGUCAAACAACAGCCUCACCACCGCCAACACCAGUGAUGUGGACUCGGCCCCAACCUGUUCUCCUUGCAGUCACACAGUCGCCUCACAAAUCAGCCUGGUCGCGGUCACCUGUGAAUCCCUCGCACAGAGACUGGCGAACCAGUGCUUGGAGCACCAACCUAAACUCGCCGCAUCCGCCCCAACUACCCUCACUGUCCCCCGCAAAUUCGACCGCCGCAUGGGUCUACUAGGUCACAUGCGCACCAACGAAAAACUGCGGUAG